UCUGCUGAUGCAGGGGGCAAGUUUCUAGGAUUUUUUUUUUUUUUUUCUCCCUAUAAGAGGAGAGGGGCUUCCCAGGUGGCACAGUGGGAAAGAAUCUACCUGCCAAGGCAAGAGAGGCAAAUUCAAUCCCUGGGUGGGGAAGAUGCCCUGGCUAGGAAUGGCAACCCACUCCAGUAUUCUUCCCUGGAAAAUUCCGUGGACAGAGGGGUCUGGUGGGCUACAGUCUAUGGGGUCGCAAAGAGUCUGACACGACUGAACACGCCCGCACACACGCAGACACAAACACGAAAGGGCAGGAAGACUGAAGAAGGUUUCCUCUCGGAGUUCUGACCAGCUCGCGGCUUCCUGCUUUUGGAUGCGGUUAUAGUGGGAUGAGAGAGCAGGAGUCAGGGGUGCAAUAACGCGAGUGAGGCUUGUGAAAUUCAGGGGUGUUAGUGGGAGUCUUGGGGCGGGACCUGGCCGGGGUCUGGAGGACGUGGAGGUGCUGUCGUCGAGGACGCUGGGUGAUCGCCGAUAGGAGAUGAGCGGCACAACAGAACGGAUGCGCCCGACUCCCCAUUCACUCUACUAGGGUGGCCUUUCUCACUCCUGGGGGCGUCGGCGGGCCACAUUCUGGGGCGUGGCCAGCCGGACUUGAAAACCCCGACUGUUUGGGGGCGGGGCCGCUCCCUCGGGGCGUGGCCUGUGGAACCUCGGAAUCCCGGCGACUCGGGGCCGGGGCUCGCGUCUCCCGGCGCGGGGUUCCUCCCACGCAGCUUCCCAUUCAAACGAUGCCGAAGGGGCGGCGCGGCAGCCAGAGCCCCACGAUGAGCCAGCGACCGGCUCCGCCCCUCUACUUCCCAUCCCUCUACGACCGCGGCAUCUCCUCGUCGCCGCUCAGCGACUUCAACAUCUGGAAGAAGCUCUUCGUGCCGCUGAAGGCUGGAGGGGCGCCGGCGGGAGGGGCGCCGGCGGCGGGGGGCCGGUCCCUGCCCCAGGCGCCCUCGGCCGCAGCGCCCCCGCCGCCACCAGGCCUGGGUCCCCCUAGUGAGCGCCCUUGUCUCCCGCCCUGGCCCUCCGGCCUGGCCUCCAUCCCCUACGAGCCUCUGCGCUUCUUUUACUCUCCACCGCCGGGGCCCGAGGCAGCGGCCUCCCCGCUGGUUCCCGGCCCCACGACCUCCCGGCUAGCCUCUGCCUCCCACCCCGAGGAACUGUGUGAGCUGGAGAUCCGGAUUAAGGAGCUGGAGCUGCUCACCAUAACUGGGGACGGCUUCGACUCCCAGCGCUAUAAAUUCUUGAAGGCGCUGAAGGAUGAAAAGUUACAAGGCCUGAAGACCAGGCAGCCUGGGAAGAAGUCGGCCUCUCUCUCCUGAGGAGCUGCGCACCAGAGCCUGGCAGCCACCUCCUUAGGCGUUAGUGCUUAGAUAAUGUGUCCCGUUUGUUGUCAUUUCAAAGAUCGUUAUUUUCUGUUCUGUAUUUACUGCUGUUCUCGUUGCUCCCAGCACGUGCUCCACAUACAGUGCCCACUUGCAUGGUAAAUCUCAUGGUCUCUCUCCUGUCUGUGCCACUGCUGGGGGGAGUGCUCUCAUAGGGGCUGGAGGCUGCUGCCCAGCCAGCAUUCAGGGGCUUCCAAAACCAGGGGAGGAGGGGAUCCCCAACACUGUCAAGUCAGGGGGAUUGGAAAAAGCCAAGGGUAACACAUAUUUGGUUCUGUUGCCAUGUCCCUACUCGGAAAGGCUCUUUGAGGACUGGAACAAGGGGUUAGUUUGGUUUCAAACAGCUUUAGUCCUUGGAAAUGUUUUAUAAUUUUUAAAUGCUUUUUGGAGCACAAAACUCUUUGUUAAUCUGAUGAAAGGCAUGGUCCUUCCUAAACAUUCAUAUAGUCAAAUAUUUGAGUGCUUAUUAUGUGUUAGGCACCCUCCUGGGCUCUUGGGGUUGGGGGUGGGGAUACAGACAGCAAAUAUUGUUAGUAAAUCAUAAUAUGGUAUCAGAAGAUGACAGGCUAAGGGGAAAACAAAAAGUAGGGAUGAGGAUGGUCAGGAGGGUGGGAGGAAAGCAGGGUUUCUUGAAGAGAGAACAUGUAAACAGUGAUUGAUGGAGAUUAAGGGCAAUAGCCAGGAGACACCCUAGGGGAGCAUUUCAGGGUGAAGGGCAGGUGCAAAGGCUGAAAGUGGGAGCAUGCUGGGAGGUUUGAGGGUCAGCAGAGAGCGCAGACGGCUGGAGCAGGAGUAAGGGGAGGGAGGAAGGGAUGAGGGCAGAGAGGGUCCAUUUGCAUGGAACCUUACAGACAUGGUAAGGACCUGGGGAUUUUACUGAGUGCGAUGGAAAGUAGAGAGUUUUCAGCUGAUGAGUAACAGGUUCUGAUUUGUGCUAUGUUGAGAACAGAGUAAGGAAGGAUGAAGAGAAAACAGGAGGUUGUUGGAAUUGUUGAGCUAAGUGAGAAGCAAUGGUGCAGUGUUCCUGCCCUUUCCCCCUUGCUGGGUCCCCUGCUGUCAGGCACUGCCCCUGUGGCGAGGAGGAGCCAGGACCUUGUGGCACAAGCACACGAAGGAUAACAUAGCUGAUAGAACACAUCUUUGAUCUAGAACAAAUCUUCCAGGGCCUUCCCUGGUGGUUAAGACUCCAUGCUGCCAAUGCAGAGGAGAUGGGUUUGAUCCCUGGUUGGGGAACUAAGAUCCUGCAUGCCACACAGUGCCGCCUAAAAAACAAAACCUAAAUCUUUAAGUAUAACGUUUGGGUGCUUAGCUUCUCGAUCCCCUUGUGCCUUCACUAUGCCAGCAGCCUAGAUCGUAGCUGAAGAAUCUGUGAAGUCUAGGCUUCUUUCAGAGGAGAAUGGAAAAGAGUAGCUAGUGAGCUAGGCUUCCCUGGUGGCUCAGAGGUAAAGAACCCACCUGCCAAUGCAGGGGAUGUGGGUUCGAUUCCUGGGUCGGAAAGAUCCCCUGGAGAAGGAAAUGGCAACCCACCCUAGUAUUCUCGCCUUGAGAAUCCCAUGGACAGAGGAGCUUGGCCGGCUACAGUCCAUGGGGUUGCAAAAGAGUUGGAUGCAACUUAUCUACUAAACAACAACAGCUGGUAAGCCAGGUGUUUUCAAAGACAUAUGAAGUAGGAGGGAGAAGCGGAGGGGGUCUGACAAAUAGCAUUGAUUGGUCAAGGAGAGCCUAAGUAUUUGCUCCUGGAUUUAGCAACACGAUUUCGUAUUGCUUUUUUGCAGUUUCGCUUGAGCAUAAGGGGUUGAUGCCUGACUGCAGGUGUUUGAGAAUGGGAGGAGAGGAAUUAGAGACACGAAGUGUAGAUGCCUUUAUAGGAAGUUUAGCUUCAGAUAGAGCUGAGAUAGAAACAACGGGCAGGGCAAGCAGGGUCGAGAUAAGAGUUUUUUAAGAAAGGAGAAAUGACCAUGCAUUUGUCUGAUGGAGAAUGACCCCAUAGAGGGAGAAAAACUGACAAAGUAGAAGAGGUCUCUGCCUGACGCACAGCAAGCCAAAUGCUGAGACGCCAAUGUUUGCAGCAAAAAGAGGUCUUAUUUGUGAGACAACUGGAGGAGAGGCUGAAAGAACAAGUCAUAAGUCUGCCCCCAAAAGGCAAGGGGCUGGGGUAUUUAUGGGGUUACGAAUAAAGAUGAUGCAGGUCAGCUGGAGGCGUGGGGAAUGUGGGGAUGUGAUUGGGAAAAGAUGCAGGAAUUGUCCUCCUGUGCAGGCGUAACUCAGCUACGCGCCUCUGCACGUUCUGAGCGUGGAGGUUUGGGCCCUCUGAUGUCAAAAGGUUCCUGAGUGGACCCUGGUGCAGUCCCAGUUAGAGGGUCAGUGGUCCUAUCCAAUCUUAACCCAUUCAGAUAGAAUUAGCCUCCACGUUUCUGGGCAAUAACUCAGGCAAACAUCUUACUGUUUAGGCUUCAUGCUGCUAGGAGGACAUGCAAGUCUUAAAACAACCUUGAUUAGUGAAGACAGGUGAAAUGGAUUUAACCUGUGGCUUCAGAGAGAGGAGGAAUUGCUGGAAUGGUGUCCUUGAGUGGAUGAGAGGGGUCAGGUCUAGUUUAUAGUAGGAUUGGCUUUGGAUGGAAGCAGAGAUGGUUUAUUCUUAAUGUGCUUAGUUGCCCAAUCAUGUCCGACUCUUUGCGACCCCAUGGACUGGAGCCCACCAGGCUCCUCUGUCCAUGGGGAUUCACCAGGCAAAAGUACUGGAAUGAGUUGUCAUGCCCUCCUCCAGGGGAUCUUCUCAACCCAGGGAUUGAACCCAGGUCUCCCACAUUGCAGGUGGAUUCUUUACCACUGAGCCACCAGGGAAGCCCUGGGUUUUCAAUAGAUUGGCUCUGGAUGGAAGCAGAGAUGGUUUAUCCUUAAUAGCAGGAGGUUAUCACUUGAUGAUGAUAGAUGGGUGGUGGGAGCCCCAGAGGCUACAAACACUUGGCCCAGAGUUUGUGCAGCAACCACCAGCUUGAGGACACAAAUGUGCAUGUCUGUGAGGCCCAGCUGGAGACCCUGGGCAUGGGUACCAGGAGCCAGGCAGAGGCUGGCCAGCCACAGAGCUGCUGCCUGACCGCGGGGGUGUUUCAGCCACUGCUGCCCACAGCCAGGAGCGUGGGCCCAAUGUCAGGCCAAAGCCCCCAGGUUCUAAACCUUAGCAACAAAUUUCAGUGUUUCCAAAACCCAGUAUAGGGUGAGCAAAGUCUGGACAGCCCCCCAGAAUUCACAACUGUGGGAGUUCACAACCCCAGGAUUCACAACCCCUGGGAGUCCUCCCACCCUAGGCAUUCCAGGUCCUGUCUCCCCUCUCUAGGAGGAAGCUAGAUUCCCACUACCCCAGGCUGGUUGAUGCAAGAGAAGCUCCCUUGUUCUAGAAAACUUCAGGCUGGCAAGUCCAGUGGGGGGAGCUGGAGACUCUUAAUGAGAGUCAGGAAAACUCAGCAGCAAGCUCAAGGAGGGCAGAGCUGCCCGGCGGGGGGUUGGGGGGGGGGCAAUUUCCCAUUUCUUCCCCAGAGCCUCCAUUGCCCCCCACCCCCAUCCAUCCAGACUCAUAAAACUGGCCACUGAUUGAGUGCAUCCUGGGCACUGCGGGAGGCAGUUGACAUGAACAGUCUACUUCUUAGUAGUACCGGGACUCCGUGCUCUCACUGUUCGGGGCACGGGUCCAAUCCUUGGUCAGGGAACUAAGGUCCAGAAAACCCCGUGGCGUGGCAAAAAAUAAUAAUUCUUACUAGCAACUUGUGAUAUAGGAACCAUUCUUGGCAUGUUUUACAAAUGAGGGGACAGAGACUCUGAAAGGUGGAGUGACUUACUCCCUCCUCCACCCCUGGGCACAGGGCUAGGGAAUGGCAGAGUGAGGACUGGAAGUCAGGCUUGUCAAGGUUCUCCCAGGCCCUCCUGCAGUGUAAAAGGGCACAGACAUAGGGGAAGCCCUAGUGAGUCACCAGGAGGAAGCAUUAGGUUCAAUACCGGGAGGAUGUAGUUUGGGAGUGGGCUGAGUUGUCUCCCACAGUUGUCCCCCAAGGGAGAAUGGAGUUGACAGUCUUCUGGUAUCACAGUCAAGGUCUCUGGAGUGCCCACACUCAGCCCCGGUACUUGUCCCUUCAUCCAAUGGCUUUGGUCACAAGUCCUGUUAUCAGGAUAGUGUAGGAGGCAGGUCCUAUGAUUCUCAGUCCAUCCUAAAUGGAAUGGAAUGGAAGAGGCUGUAUACCAAAAGAAGGAUGCUUGGCAAUUGAAAACAAGAUAAGGGUCCAGGUGAAGCAAACACCAUAUGCAUGGAAUAGUAGAUAAAUGCAGUGGCAUGCUGGAGCCAGUUGGGACAGCUCAUGAAAGCCAAUGGUUAAAUUUUGAGGAAUUUUGUAAGCUGGUUGUUAAAUACAGCCAUUGUUAAAAAUUAACUUGUAUCAACUUACAAUUAAACAGUAUUUAAAAUGAAG